AGCAACAUGCUAAAAGGACCAAAACAUGGUCCAAAAAUGAGAUAGAACUGAUGCAGGGUUUGGAAAGCUCAAACUUGUGGCGCUCCGCCGCGGAGUUCGAGUGCUCGACGAGCAAUCAAGCUUGUCCCUGGAUGUACCUACAAGAACAUCCAGGUCUUGAGGAUGGUAAAAAAUGGGGUGUCUAUUACACUAUCAGAUUCCCAUUAAGUCUGCACCAGAUGGUCACGAGCUUGUCGGAGUACAAGGCCCGACCCCGAGUACACCGGGUAGGCUCUCAAGCUAGCGGCUUCUCUGAUGGGGAUGGUUCAGACGGGCAUGAACCUGCUCAGCCUCUACAGGAUUCCGAUCCCUUUCCAGACCCCGGCUCCACCGGACAGCAGGACCUUCAGUACCUCCACUAGCAGUAGGAAGGAAAGGGAGGUAGACUCCGAUACGCAACCGAGGCAGGGUUAGGGGCACCCGCAGCGAGAGUGGCCUUUCAAAGCCUAUUCUAGGCGGCUAUGAUGACGACGAGACGAGCGAGGAGGAGGCUGAGGAAGCGAGUCCACAGUCAGAGUUAUCUGAGGGUGGAUACGACGAUGCUAGCUCAGAUUCUGCUAGCGGUGAGGCUGGAGAGGCUAAGGAGGACUUCGGUUCAGACUCUGAUUCAGAUUCGGACAGCGAUGCCGAUAGUGAUAGUGCUCCAGAGUUCGCUUCGCCGAGGAAGAUGACGAAAAGGGCCUCUCGAGCUUGAGAUAGCUGGCACUAAUUUAGAUGCUUUUUGCUUUGUUUUCUUUUUGUUAGUAGU